GUUACUUUUUUAUUAUUAUUCUUCUUCACUUUUAAUUUAACUAAAUCUGACAUUUGGAGAAUAGAACAAAAGAUGUCUCAACAAGCACGUAUUGAUGUUAUAAGUGGUGCCUAUGGAAGAGCCAACCGUAAAAUUGAAUUUCCCAAGAAUGCUUCCGGCAAACACGAAUCUAUGUCAGACAUCUUUGGCACCAAUGUCUUUAGUAUCAAAAAGAUGGCCAAGAGCCUUCCCAAGCCUGUAUUUGAAAAUUUCCGUCAACAAUUAAAAGGUGGCCACACGUUAGACAAGGUGACAGCCGAUGCUAUUGCUCAUGCUGCUAAAGUAUGGGCUCUUGAGCAUAAUGCUACUCAUUUCACUCAUUGGUUUCAACCCUUAAAUGAUACUACUGCCGAAAAGCACGAUUCCUUCUUAUCAUUGAAGACUACAUUUGACAAUGGACUUGCUGAAAUAUCCGCACUCGAGACCUUCUCUGGAUCAGAAUUAUGUCAGUCAGAACCUGAUGCUUCUUCCUUCCCUUCAGGUGGCAUGCGUACAACUUUUGAAGCUCGUGGAUAUACAGUAUGGGAUACAAAGAGCCCUAUGUUUAUUCAAGACGGUCCUCAUGGUACAAGAGUCCUUUAUGUUCCUUCAGUAUUUAUUUCAUACAACGGUGAGGCUCUUGACGAGAAAACUGUUCUCUUACGUUCAUCAUCGGUUAUCUCCAAAGCUGCUUUAGAUAUUCUUAAUCUUAUUGAACCUGCCAGCGAAGAUCAUCCUCGUGCUCAAAAUAUUUAUACAACGCUUGGUACGGAACAAGAAUAUUUCUUGGUCGACAGAGGACUCUACGCUCUGCGACCCGAUUUAAAGACGACAGGUCGUACUUUAAUUGGCAGUCUUCCAGCUCGUCAUCAACAGCUCGAAGAUCACUACUUUGGUAAAAUACCCACUCGUGUGUUGGCUGCCAUGAGUGAAGUUGAAUUGGAACUGGCCAAAUUGGGUGUGCCGAUCAAGACACGUCAUAACGAAGUGGCUCCUUGUCAGUUCGAAGCUGCACCUAUAUUUGAAGAGGCGAUGCUCGCCGUCGACCACAACCUCAUUACCAUGGAUGUGAUGCACCGCGUGGCCCACAAAUACAAGCUGAAAUGUCUUUUCCACGAAAAGCCAUUCAAGGGCGUCAAUGGUUCGGGUAAGCAUUGUAACUGGAGUCUUUCGACGGAUCGUGGCGAGAACUUAUUGAGCCCUUCUUCGACACCCGAGACGAACUAUCGCUUCUUGCUCUUCUUGGUCGCUGUGUUGAAAGGUGUGAUGGACCAUGGCGAUCUCUUGCGUACCACAGCGGCUUCCUCCUCCAAUGAUCAUCGUCUGGGCGCUCAAGAAGCUCCUCCUGCUAUUAUCUCUGUCUUCUUGGGCUCUGAAUUGACAGAAGUCCUGGAUGCGAUUGAGGAGAACCGUGCUGUGGAUAGAGCGGUGGCUGGUACAACGACAACACAAAUGCGUGUGCAAGGCACUACCCUGGACUUGAAAGUGGCCACCUUGCCCAAGUUGAACCGUGAUAUGACCGAUCGUAACCGUACUUCUCCUUUUGCUUUCACUGGCAACAAGUUUGAAUUCCGUGCUGUGGGCUCCAAACAAUCGCCUGCUUUCCCCGUCACGGUCCUCAAUUCGGCUGUUGCUUCUGCUCUUUUGGAGAUCAAGGAGGAUCUUUUGAAGCAAAUGGGCGACAAGGCCGUCGCCAGUGAAGAGGACAUCCUGGCCGUCAUCCGCAAAUACAUCACCCUGACCAAAAAGGUGCGUUUCGAAGGCGACAACUAUGCUGAAGAAUGGGUCAAGGAAGCAGAAAAGAGAGGUCUCCCCAACAUUGUCAAGAGUCCCGAAGCAUUCAAGCGUAUCCUUGCACCCAACAAUGCUGAGAUGUUGACACGUUUGGGUGUCUUUACCCAGGCCGAGCUGGAAUCUCGUUUCCAUAUUAUGAAUGAAAAGUAUGCCAAGGAGAUCAUCAUCGAGGCACAAACUUUGUGGGGCCUUUUAGUACAGCACGUUCUCCCUGCUGCUUUCAGUUAUCGUCGUGAACUUUCCGAAUCAGCGGCUGCUUUGAAACAGAUUGGAGCGGAAGCCGCCCCUGAGAUGAAAUGGUUGGCUCAGUUGAGCCCACUGUGCAGUGAUUUGGAGGAUAUUUCCGAGGAAUUGGAUCAGUUGUUGAACGAGCAAGCACCCAUCGAAGAUCCUGAAAAGGCGGCUGAACAUGCUUGUUAUAAGAUCUCUCCUGCUAUCGAGAAGGCGCGUGAAUUGUGUGAUAAAGUGGAGCGCCUUGUGGCUGAUAAAUACUGGCCAUUACCCAAAUAUCACGAAAUGUUUUCCACUCUUUAAAGGAGUGUUCCCUUGAAGGAUCCCUCGUAGGAUCCUAAUGUAGUUCCUUUUUGCCUUACUCACUAUGAAGCAUACCAUUACAUUCUCUCUCUCUCUCUUUCUUUAUUGUUUCUUUCUUUUUUUUUACUACUAUUUUUUGCAUGUUACAUCUCUAGAAUAAAUCAUCC